AUGGCCGACAAGGCUUUCGAAAAGGCCGAAGAGGCUGCUGUUGACGGCCAGAACCUUCGCGCCGCCGAGCAAGCUGUUGCCGGCACCAACACCAUGCCCGAUGAGAAGUCCGCUCUCAAGGACGACAAGUCAUCCGUCUCCACCGCCAACGACCCGGAAAAUGCCCGCGAGGAGGCUCGUCGCCAGAACCCCGAUGGAUUCGCCAACCUCCACCGCGGCAUCUCCGUCGAGCAGGCCGAAGCCGACUUUGCUGAGCUCCAGCGCGAGCUCUCGGGCGUCUCACGAGCCAGCCGUGUGAACAGUCGCAGAAAGUCGCACGGUGACGCCGAAAAGGCCAUGGAGGCGGCAUCUUCCUCCGACACGGAGAACGAGCAGUUUGACCUCGAGGGUGCCCUGCGCGGCGGUCUGGACGCCGAGCGCGAGGCCGGCAUUCGACCCAAGCACAUCGGCGUCAUCUGGGACGGCCUGACCGUCAAGGGCAUCGGCGGCUCGACCAACUACGUCCAGACCUUCCCCAACGCCGUCAUCAACUUCUUCGACUACGUCACCCCCGUCAUGAACCUGCUCGGCUUGGGCAAGAAGGGCGUCGAGGCGACCCUGCUCGACAACUUCCGCGGCGUCUGCGAGCCCGGCGAGAUGGUCCUCGUCCUGGGCAAGCCCGGCUCAGGCUGCACCACCUUCCUCAAGACCAUCGCCAACCAGCGUUUCGGCUACACGGGCGUGACCGGCCAUGUCAGCUACGGUCCCUUCACCGCCAAGGAGUUUAAGCAGUACCGUGGCGAGGCUGUGUACAACCAGGAGGACGACAUCCACCACUCGACGCUGACCGUCGAGCAGACCCUCGGCUUCGCUCUCGACACCAAGGCGCCCAACAAGCGCCCCGGUGGCAUGACCAAGAACGCCUACAAGGAGGCUGUCAUCACCACCUUGCUCAAGAUGUUCAACAUUGAGCACACGCGAAACACAGUCGUCGGUGACGCCUUUGUUCGUGGUGUGUCUGGUGGUGAGAGGAAGCGGGUCUCCAUCGCCGAGAUGAUGAUCACCAACGCGUGCGUCCUGUCCUGGGACAACAGCACCCGUGGUCUGGACGCCUCCACCGCUCUGGACUUUGUCAAGUCGCUGCGCGUGCAGACCAACCUCUACAAGACGAGCACCUUUGUCUCGCUGUACCAGGCUUCGGAGAACAUUUACAACCUCUUCGACAAGGUCAUGGUCAUCGACGGUGGACAGCAGGUCUUCUUCGGCCCCAUCGCCGAAGCGCGCGGCUACUUCGAGGGCCUGGGCUUCAACCCCCGCCCUCGUCAGACGACCCCCGACUACCUGACUGGCUGCACCGACGAGUUUGAGAGGGAAUACGCCCCCGGCCGUUCGCCCGAGAACGCGCCCCACGACCCCAAGACGCUCGUCGAGGCCUUCAAGGCGUCCAACUUCCAAAAGCUCGUCAACAGCGACAUCGACCGCUUCAAGGCCAACAUUGCCGCAGAGACGGAACGUCACGAAAAUUUCCGCGUUGCCGUUGCCGAGGCGAAGCGUGGUUCGUCCAAGCGCUCCGUCUACGCCGUCGGUUUCCACCUCCAGGUCUGGGCCCUCAUGAAGCGCCAGUUCCUCUUGAAGCUGCAGGAUCGCCUGCUGCUCACCAUCUCCUGGAUCCGCUCCAUCGUCAUCGCUAUUGUGCUCGGUACCCUCUUCUACGACCUCGGCGCCACGUCUGCCAGUGCUUUCAGCAAGGGCGGCCUCAUCUUCAUCUCUCUCCUGUUCAACGCAUUCCAGGCUUUCUCCGAAUUGGCCGGCACCAUGACCGGUCGCGCCAUUGUCAACAAGCACAAGGCCUACGCCUUCCACCGCCCCUCGGCCCUUUGGAUCGCCCAGAUCAUCGUCGACCAGGCAUUUGCGGCAAGUCAGAUCAUGGUGUUUUCGAUCAUCGUCUACUUCAUGACUGGUCUCGUGCGUGACGCUGGCGCUUUCUUCACCUUCUACCUGAUGAUUCUCUCUGGCAACAUCGCCAUGACGCUGUUCUUCCGUAUUCUCGGCUGCAUCAGCCCCGAUUUCGACUACGCCAUCAAGUUUGCCGUUACCCUCAUCACCUUCUUCGUCGUGACGUCUGGUUACAUCAUCCAGUACCAGUCCAUCCCCGAGUGGAUCCGCUGGAUCUACUGGAUCAACGCCCUCGGCCUGGCCUUUGGCGCCCUGAUGGAGAACGAAUUCAGCCGCAUCGACCUCACUUGCUCUGCCGAGUCGCUGAUCCCCUCAGGCCCUGGGUACGACGACAUCAACCACCAGGUCUGCACGCUCGCUGGUUCGACCCCCGGCACCACCCUUGUCGAUGGCUCCCAGUACAUUGCGCAGGGCUUCUCGUACUUCAAGGGGGACAUGUGGCGCAACUUUGGCAUCAUCGUCGCUCUCAUCGUCGGAUUCCUCAUCCUCAACGUUCUUCUCGGCGAGAUUGUCAACUUUGGCGCUGGCGGUAACUCGGCCAAGGUGUACCAGAAGCCCAAUGCGGAGCGCAAGAAGCUCAACGAGGCGCUCCUCGCGAAGCGCGAAGCGAAGCGCCAGGGCCAGAAGGGAGCUGCGGAGAGUUCUGAUGACCUGUCCAUCAAGUCGGAGAGCAUCCUGACCUGGGAGAACCUCACUUACGAUGUCCCUGUCCCUGGUGGCGACCGGAGACUUCUGAACAACGUGUUCGGCUACGUCAAGCCCGGUCAGCUGACCGCUCUCAUGGGCGCGUCUGGUGCCGGCAAGACGACCCUUCUCGACGUGCUCGCUUCGCGCAAGAACAUCGGUGUUAUUGGCGGUGACGUUCUCGUCGACGGCUCCAAGCCGGGCAAGCAGUUCCAGCGCAGCACCUCGUAUGCCGAGCAGCUUGAUCUGCACGACCCGUCCCAGACUGUCCGUGAGGCCCUUCGGUUCUCGGCCCAGCUUCGCCAGCCCUAUGAGACGCCCCAAGAAGAGCGGUUCACCUAUGUUGAGGAGAUCAUCGCCCUUCUGGAGAUGGAGACCAUCGCUGACUGCAUCAUUGGUACCCCCGAGUUCGGUCUUACUGUCGAGCAGCGCAAGCGCGUCACCAUUGGUGUCGAGCUCGCCGCCAAGCCCGAGUUGCUUCUCUUCCUCGACGAGCCUACGUCGGGCCUCGACUCGCAGAGCGCCUACAACAUUGUGCGCUUCCUGAAGAAGCUCGCCUCUGCCGGCCAAGCCAUUCUCUGCACCAUCCACCAGCCCAACGCCGCGCUCUUUGAGAACUUUGACCGCUUGCUGCUUCUGCAGCGCGGUGGCCGCACUGUCUACUUUGGCGACAUUGGCCGUGACGCCGAGGUCCUUCGUUCGUACCUCAAGAGCCACGGUGCCGUGGCCAAGCCCACUGACAACGUCGCCGAGUUCAUGCUCGAGGCCAUCGGUGCCGGUUCGGCGCCGCGUGUUGGCUCUCGCGACUGGGCCGAUAUCUGGGAGGACAGCGCCGAGCUCGCCAACGUCAAGGACACCAUCUCGCAGAUGCGCAGCUCCCGACAGGCGGCCGCCAGGGAGCAUAACGCUGACCUCGAGAAGGAGUACGCCAGCCCGCAGCUGCACCAGCUCAAGAUUGUCAUUCACCGCAUGAACCUCUCUUUCUGGCGCAGCCCCAACUACAUCUUCACCCGUCUCUUCAACCACAUUGUCGUCGCGCUGCUCACUGGUCUGACGUACCUCGACCUCGACAACUCGCGCUCCAGCCUGCAGUACAAGGUCUUCGUCAUGUUCCAGGUCACGGUUCUUCCUGCUUUGAUCAUUUCGCAGGUCGAGGUCAUGUAUCACAUCAAGCGCGCCAUCUUCUUCCGUGAGAGCAGCUCCAAGAUGUACAACCCGACCACGUUCGCCGCGAGUAUCGUCCUCGCCGAGAUGCCCUACAGCAUCAUGUGCGCCGUCGCCUUCUUCGUUUUGAUCUACUUCCUGCCCGGAUUCCAGGUCGAGCCUUCGCGUGCCGGCUACCAGUUCCUCAUGAUCCUCAUCACUGAGCUCUUCUCCGUCACGCUCGGCCAGAUGCUCGCGUCUCUGACCCCUUCGGCCUUCAUCUCGUCGCAGUUCGACCCCUUCAUCAUGAUCACCUUUGCUCUGUUCUGCGGUGUCGCUGUCCCGCCCCCGCAGAUGCCCGCCUUCUGGCGCGCCUGGCUGUACCAGCUCGACCCCUUCACGCGCCUCAUCGGCGGCAUGGUCACGACGGCCCUGCACGAGCUCGAGGUCGUUUGCAAGGGCGCCGAGCUCAACCCGUUCAAUGCGCCCAGCGGCCAGAACUGUGGCGAGUACAUGUCCGACUUUUUCGCCAACGGCGGCGCGGGCUACAUUGUCGACAACUCGACAUCGGAGUGUCAGUACUGCGCGUUUGAGGUUGGUGACGAGUUCUACACGCCGCUCGGAUUUGGUUUCGACAAGCGGUGGAGGGACAUGGGCAUCUUCCUGGCGUUCUUUGCGAGCAACAUCGUGAUUAUAUUCCUUGGUAAUCUCAACACUUCACCUCGUGCAUCUGUCCAUCAUCACAUUGCCUCUAACAAUCUCCACCCAUCGAGCCUCAACGCAGUCAUGUCUCGAGAAGAUUUGACAUCACGGGUUCUCCCCAAGAUGACCCUGGCCUCACCAAGCCAAACACCAACCCCGGGAACCGACGCCGAGCUCACCCCUGCCGACACGGCCGCCACGCGCUUCGCGAGCCCCCGCACCGCCAUCAUCACCGGCGGCACCGGCGCCCUCGCCACAGCCAUCGCCCACGCCCUCCUCCAGCACGGCUGCGCCGCCCUCUGUCUCUGGGACGUCAACACGACCUCCGCAGCCUCGACCGCCGCCCUGCAGUCCCUGCGCCAAGCCCACCCGCACGCCGCCAUCACGCUGGCCGAAGUGGACGUGACGUCCGAAGACGCCGUCGGCGCCGCGACGGCCGCCUUCUCCGCGGCCCAGCCCGACGGCGGCAUCGACGCCCUCGUCUGCACGGCCGGCGUCGUCGCGUGCGUGCCGUCCCUCGACGCGCGGGCCGCCGACUUCCGCCGCACCCUCGACGUCAACGCCACGGGCACGUUCCUCUGCGCGCAGGCCGUCGCGCGGACCAUGGUCGCGCGCGGCCGCGGCGGGCGCCUCGUCUUCACGGCCAGCAUCAGCGGGGCGCGCGUCAACUUCCCGCAGCCGCAGGCCGGGUACAACGCGUCCAAGGCGGCGGUCGUCAUGCUCGGCCGGAGCCUCGCGGCCGAGUGGGCGCGGUACGGCCUCCGCGUCAACGUCGUCAGCCCGGGCUACCUGGACACGGUGCUCAAUGAGGGCGCGGGGCUCGCCGAGGCGAGGGCUGUGUGGACGGGGCGGAACCCCCUGGGGCGUAUGGGCAGGGUCGAGGAGGUGGCGGCUGUUGUGCUGAUGCUCGUGAGCCGGGCUGGGAGCUAUGUCAAUGGGGCCGAGAUUGUGGUCGAUGGGGGGGGCACUGUUUUUUGA